AUAAUAUAGAUGGAAGCAGUUGCUGAAUUUGAUUUUGACGGGAGAGCUGACGACGAAAUUUCAUUUCAGAUCGGAACUUUGCUUUUGAUAACUGACACGGCUCAUGAUGAGAACUGGUUUAAAGCAACACUGCACGGACAAGAAGGAUACAUCCCUAAAAACUAUGUCAAGUUUACUUUGCCAUGCUGGUUUUGGAGGCAUGUAAGUCGAGGGGAAGCAGAGAAACUAUUAACAGGCAAGGGAACACAAGCUGGAGCCUUCUGUGUCAGGCGGAGCGAGAGUGUGCAAGGAGCAUACUCUCUGUCAGUGAAAAGCUCCCGAGAUAUUGUACAACACUUCAAAAUACUUCCGGACAAAGAGGGACUAUAUUACAUCUGGUUAAAGAAGUUUAAAUCACUGGAUGCUCUCGUUGAUUACUACAAGGCACAUUCCAUAACGACCAAGUCCCCGCUUUUCCUUAAAGAUCCACCUCACAGAAUAAAACGGUGUAAAGUGUUAUUUGACUUCAGUCCAGAGGAGGGGGGUGAACUGAUGCUGAAGAAAGGUCAAGAGGUGCACAUUCUUGAAGACAGUGAUCCAAACUGGUGGAGGGGGAGUUCAAACGGGAAAACGGGAAUAUUUCCCGCCAACUAUGUUACCACUGUUGAAUGAACUUUCCUAUUAAACAUAUUGAAUAAGAUAACAAAUUUAACAGACUGAAAAUCACAGAGUUGUUUAUACUGAACGGACUCACAGCCAGUUGACACAGCCAUUAUAAAUGUACUUGUCUUAACUUAACAAAAUUAACGAUUGUAUAGUACUCAAGAAAGGGUUGCAAGUGAAUUGACGUCGUUUCAUGCUCAUUGUACCUUUGUACGUAUGUAAGAUAAAAGAGUGAUGCGUGUCUAAGAUUUGUUAGUCUUCUGAAGGGAAUUUGUAGGCAGCUUAAGCAGCAUUUUUAAUAUUGGUAAUAUUUCAGAUAAAUUAUUUGUAUACGAGUGCACGUUUAAAGUAUACGCGUCUUGUACCAUUAUUUCUACUUUUUACAUAUUUAAGAGCAAGAAUUUCAAUACUGUUAUUUUAUAACUUUUAUACUGAGAAUGUUGAAGUUUGCUCAAAUCAACUGGUUUAUUGCGGCUGUUCCUUAUUAACUUGAAGUUGAUGAGAUUGGAGAUUGAGCUCGAUUAUUCGUUACUGGUAAUUCGAUCUAUUAUAAGUAUACUAAUAAAUUUUAUACUAUUAUUAUAACAAUAUGACAUUGCUGUAAAUACGUAACUGUUUUACAAGAGAAAUAUUUAAGUCACCAAAAGUUAUUUAAACGAUAUUGACAUAUUUUUGUACCAUACAAACAUUACAUCUUAAAUAAUUAU